UAUAUAUAUCACCGCGUUCGUCUCGACGCGAGGAUUUCAGAUCUACAAACCUUUUCACGAGUUACCUCUCCUAACUUCGUAGAUCUGAAGUCAAAGUUCGGUCUUCGUCAAACUCCGGCGAGCUUUUCCGGCGAAACCGUGGACUUCCGGCGAAAACCGACACCACCAUGGAGUUCCUCUCUUCGAGCUCUACGCCGUGGUGUGGUGGAUUGCAUGAAUCCGAUGUCGGCUCCGUCGUCUUCCCCAACUCCGGCGAGCUUUUCCACCGCCAUUGUUCAUCUCUGGCCGAAAGCACCCUGUCCGUCGCGUGGCUCCUGGCCGAGCUGCCGCCUGCACCUCAUGGCCACAUCACCGCUGGGGCCAGCAGCCACCGCCGCCGUCAGGCUUGGCCGCCGGUUGGAGGUCCUGGCUCGGUCACAGGAUUAACCGGAUGGGAGGAUGAAGAAGACAAGGCAGUUUUGCAAAUAGAUCCCGGAAGCAAUAGAAGGAUCGCCGUUCGGAAGCUCUGAAGAGUACGAGUUUCAAGUGAGCAAGAGCCGAAGAGAAGUAAGAGUAACUUUUCGUUGGAGAAAGGCAAGUGUGUCCUUGUGCU